AUGUACAGCUUCGUUCGUUUAAGUUUGAAUUUGCUGUCCCUAUUUGCUUGGGCUAGUUCAUCACCUCUCUUCAAGAGGGAUAAUACUGAUAUUGAUAUUUUACAGUUUGCUCUCACCCUUGAGCACCUGGAGAAUGCCUUUUACAAACAAGCGCUUUCCAAAUGGUCUGCUAACGAUUUUGCAGGCGCUAAUUUUAGCUCGAAUUUCUAUACACAGUUACAAUACAUUGUCCACGAUGAAGAAGAGCAUAUGGUAUUUCUCGAACAGACUAUAAGGGCAGCUGGUGCAAAUCCUGUUCAAGCAUGCACUUACAAUCUUCCUUUCACUACCCCAGCCGAUUUUGUCGCAAGCCUGGCCACCUUUGAGGGUGUUGGUACCUCGGCGUACCUUGGCGCCGCACCUUUGCUUUCAUCUAAACAAUAUCUCACCGCAGCAGCAGCGAUCAUGAGUACAGAAGCUAUACAUGAAGCUGCCGCACGCAAUGCUAUCGGUGAAAUUCCAAUGGCAAAUCCUUUUGCGACACCACUGAGCGGAAAUGCAAUCUACUCGAUAGCUUCCAAAUUCAUUCAAAGUUGCCCUUCAAGUAAUGCAAAGUUACCUUUCCACACCUAUCCAGGUUUGAAUUUAACGCAAAGCUCGCCGCUUUCCGUAAACUCAAGUAUAACAUUAGCCAGUCAAGGCUCUCUGUCAAAUUCGACCCAGAUAUACGUUACUUUCGUGAGUGGACUGCAAAUCAUUUCAGUCACUGGAAGAGCUUCUGGAAAUUCAGUAAGCGCAACUGUGCCACAACAAAUAUCUGGACAAUCUUACGUGUUCCUUACCGGAGGCAAUUCAAGUAACUUGACAGAUUCGAACAUCCUAUACGGACCGGCGAUUAUUGAAGUUACUCCUUCUAACCACACGUACAAUGCAUCAAGUUAUUGA